AUGGGCGACACUCACCAACCGGCCUACGCAGUCGCUCGAACAUCCCUCACUCUUAUUUCCGGCUUGCUCAGUGGGCCAAUACUUCAAGAAGGAUGGAUACUAAAGAAACGAAGGAAAAAGAUGCAAGGAUUUGCUCGUAGAUAUUUUAUGCUUGAUCAAUCUGGCAUUCUUUGCUACUCCUUUGAGCCCGGACAACCUAUCCGAGAUCAAAUACAUCUCCCAAAUGCAGCUAUUUCCACUGCUUCAGGGCGAAAGGAUAUUCACAUUGAUUCUGACAGAGCGACUUUUCACUUGAAGUGCCUGAGUACGGAGGAUUUUACCCAGUGGAUGGGAGCAUUUAGGAAAUUCUCAGCACAUGCGCCAGAAUCUUAUAGAUCUGCAAGUAUCAGAGCGUCGUCUCGUCAGAGCAUCGUGAGGUUGAAUAGAUCUGCUGUGAUAGCAGAAGAAAUGGGCACAACGCUACUUGAACUAGAGGAUGCAUUUGCUAAUCUACGUAACACUGUGAAACGAACAGCCAGUGGAAGUAGAGACAAAUCGAAGGAGAGUGCAUCCGUGUUCGGUUUAUUCAAGAAAGGCUCGUAUGAUACAGGCCAUCAUCAUGGAACCCACGAAUCUCACAACGACGUGCCUCGACCUGAAGUCAUUGAUCCUACAUCAUAUCAACGAAUUCAUGUGGCGCUAGAAUCUCUCAAAGUACAACACGGAACGCUACUCAAAUCCUUACAAAGUAUCUCCAUUCUCGAAACGACACAAUCUUCGCAUCCAUCCGCGCAAGUGUCCCCACUUCCACGUACAACGGAAGAAGAGGAAAGAGGAGAAUCUUCACCAGACAGCGCCUCAGAAAGAAAAAUUACAUCUUCUAUCAUACGACGCUCAAAACGAACGUCUGUUGCCACAACCAUAACUGACAGUCUUAAUGAAUGGUUCGAUGCCUCGGAGGGCGAAGGUGUUCAAGAAUUUGUUCUAGAUGAACAGACCUCACCGGAUAAUGGAGAAAUGCCCAGUCGUAUUACAACGACCGAUAGUCAAAGUUCCCUGGAUCACGCCGAAGAAUCUAGCAUAGACACUGAUAUAGAAGACGUGGGAGGAGAACCAUCGGUUUUGGAUCAGGUCGCGCGCACUUCACAAGCUCAGGUUGUUCGGAGGACUCAUCUUCCGGCACCGAUAACAGGGGAUGAGGGAAGUUUGUUUGCUGUGUUGAAGAAGAAUGUUGGAAAGGAUCUAUCCACAAUUGCAUUUCCGGUCUCGUUCAACGAGCCUCUUACUCUUCUACAACGGGCUGCUGAGGAACUAGAGCACUUUGAUUUGCUCAAUCGAGCAGCGGCCACAUCUGACCCCGUAGAACGAAUGCAAUUUGUUGCUGCGUUUGCAGUCUCGGGUUACGCGCAUACCAGAUACCGAACGGGUAGGAAAGGCUUUAACCCCAUGCUCGCGGAAACUUUCGAAGACUCGCGGAUGAAAUUUAUUGCGGAGAAGGUGCGACACAAUCCCGUUGAAUUAGCCUAUCACGCCGAAGGAGACAAUUGGGAAGUCUAUGCCACCUCCUCUGGAAAAACCAAGUUCUGGGGAAAAAGUCUGGAGAUUAUUCCUCUAGGGACGACACACCUCAAAAUAGGAAAUGAUCAUUAUCAAUGGAAAAGGCCAUCUUCCUUCAUGAGGAAUUUGGUGGUUGGAACCAAAUAUCUAGAACAUGUUGGAAAAAUGACCAUUGAGAACGUUAACGGUCGGGAUCGUUGUGUCAUGGAAUUCAAACAAAGCGGAUACUGGGGUGAAACCAAUUUGGUCUCUGGGCACGUCCACGAUGCAUCAGGGAAAGUUGCUUCACAGUUAGAAGGAAAAUGGGAUGAACACUUAUCUCAGGCGGUUGAUGCAUCUCAUUUCACAUUGCUUUGGCGUGCACAUCCGUGGCCAAAGCAUACCCAUGAAUAUUAUGGUUUCACAUCGUUCAGUAUGACAUUGAACGAGAUCACACCUGACCUUGCGGAGAAAUUACCUGUUACUGAUUCGCGUUAUCGCCCUGAUGUACGAGCAUUAGAAGAAGGAGACAUAGACCGAGCUGAGGCAGAAAAGGUCCGAGUUGAAGAAAUGCAACGAUCAAGGAGACGAGAGGGAAAAGAACCUCAGGCGCGAUGGUUCAAAUUGGAGGGAGACGAAUGGGUUUAUAAUGGAGGAUAUUGGGAAGCUAGAGCUAGAGGAUGGAAAGACGCCAAAAUAGAUCCGCUUUGGUAA